AUAUUUAAUGACGCACGAAACCUUCGAUAUUAUAUUUGAAUAAUAUUUACAUUAACAAUUUGCUUGGUAAAACAAAAAGAGGGAAAAUUCGACGAUACGAGUUAUAUUAUAAUAUAUAUUUUAUUCGAAUCGAUAAACGAAGUAACCAUAGAAACGCGAUUCCCGCUAUCAAUAUCCAAAGCACCACAGCCGAAUGACACGACAAACGACACCGCGAUUGGCGUUGUCCAGAAAUGGAAAACAUUCACAUAUUCAAAAAGAGAAUGGUGUAUCCUGAACAAUUAAUUUUAGACCAAGUCGUCAAUAAAAACGUUCAAAACGCUUCUUCGUGGUGUAGCGAACCGCUAGAAAAAAAUAGCAAUAAUAUUUUCGUUCGAGACGAUUCUAUUAAAGAUAAAUACGAUGAAAGUUCAUAUAAAAAUGGUGGAAUUCAUCAAAAUACGGCCAACAGGCAAUUUAUUCAAGACCGUAUAAGACAUUUGGUGGACGCUUUUUCUACCAGAGCUCAGGCCGCUCGAGAAAGUAUAGUAACUCCCGCUACUCCUUCUUCGAUAAGCAGCAGAGAAACCGUCGUCGAUCAACAAACUACGGUUUCGAUAAAACCUAAAUUAAGUAUUUCCUUUUCUGAUAAAUACGUCGAAGAUUAUACCGAAAUAAAUAACGGAAGAUCGGAUUUUUUCAGACAUUUCGAUAAGAAAAUAAUCGAUCCGAACGGCCAUUUUUACAUAAUAUGGAUGUGCGUAGCCGCCGUAUCAGUUUUCUACAACGCGUGGGUGAUUCCUUUAAGAAGUACGUUUCCAUAUCAAACGAAGGACAAUCGUCCGAUCUGGAUGGCCUUCGAUUAUUUCGCCGAUUUGAUUUAUUCGAUCGAUAUGGUUUUCGUACAACCGCGAGUUAAAUAUUUGAACGAAGGGUUUUGGGUUACCGAUAUCAAAUUACUAAGGGCCAAUUAUAUUAAAAGUAAAAGAUUCAAGCUGGAUUUGUUGUCGCUGUUGCCGUUAGAUUUUCUCUAUAUUGUUUGGGGACCGGAAUUCGUAAUAUUACGUUUUCCGAGAUUUUUUAAAUGUCACACGUUUUGGGAAUGUUUCAGUUUGGUGGACAAAUUGUUAUCGAAUCCUUACGUUAUACGCAUUUCGAGGACUUUGAUGUACAUGAUGUACCUGAUACAUUUAAACGCGUGCGCGUAUUAUUCGUUUUCCGCUUGGGGAGGCAUAGGUAGCAAUAAUUUCGUCUAUAACGGAAAAGGAAACGCCUACAUAAAAUGUUUCUAUUUCGCCACAAAGACCGCAACUUCUAUAGGUAAAAACCCUAAACCCACCCAAGAAAUCGAAUACAUGUUUAUGACUUUCUCUUGGUUGAUGGGCGUAUUCGUUUUCGCGCUUCUCAUCGGUCAAAUACGCGAUAUCAUAUCGACGGCCAACAGAUGCAAGACUGAGUAUCGAAAAUUAGUCAACGAAACGUUGGAAUAUAUGCGCAGAUUGAAUUUACCGCAAGAUAUGCAGCGCAGGGUACAAUUAUGGUUCAACUACACUUGGGAAACUCAAAGGACAUUAGAUGAAAAUAUUAUUAUGGAUUGUCUGCCGCACAAAAUGAAAACCGAUAUCGCCAUAAACGUCCAUAUACAAACAUUGAGCAAAGUUAAAUUAUUCGCCGAUUGCGACGAAGCUCUUUUAAGAGAACUGGUUUUGCAAUUAAAAUCGGUAAUAUAUUUACCCGACGAUAUAAUAUGUAGAAAAGGGGAUGUCGGUAAAGAAAUGUACAUAAUUCAAUCGGGAAAAGUUCAGGUCAUAGGACCAGACGAAAAACAAGUUCUUGCCACUUUAUCCGAAGGUUCCGUAUUUGGGGAAAUAAGUCUUUUGGGGAUACCUGGGAUGAAUAGAAGAACCGCCGAUGUGAGGUCUCAAGGUUAUUCAAAUUUAUUCGUAUUGAGUAAAGCCGAUCUGAAUGCGGCUCUAUCUCAUUAUCCCGAAGCUCAAGAAUUGCUCAAUAAAAAAGCGAAAGUGCUCAUGAGAAAAAACGCAGAUUUAGAAAGGAAACACAAAGCAAUGAUUGUUAUAAAUAAUCCGGUAUCCCCGGAAAAACAGACGAAAUUCUUGAAUACAGUUUUACAAGUUUUACCACCUGAUUCGGGGACAAACAGACUUCUCCGAUUCGGUAGUCGAGGAAAACCGAGCACGAAUCCAGAAUACGACAAAUUCAAAUACAGAAAUAGUUUACCGAUAAUACGAAGCCCUAAUGAAAACCUUGAAAAUCAUUUCGAAGGUAAUGUAAUCGUUCACCGGACCACGACUUGAACAUUUUUAAAUAUAUAAAGAAAUUUACGUUCAAUUACCUCAUUUUAUCAGCAGAAUGUCGAAAUUUUAAAACGGCAUGGCAACGCUGCAGAAAAAAUGUGUAAUUCUCUAGACAUAGAUAUGCGGAAGUAUAUAAAGGUUAAAAUGUGAUACAAGAUGGAUUAUUUAAUGUAAAUAACAAUUAAAUAUAUUAUAAGACGGUAUGAUAUAAAAUAAAUAUUAGAAAAGU